GCGCGCGUUGACAGCAGCGGCGGCGGGACGCGGCGGGACGCGGCGGGUGGCGGGGCUCGGCGCCUCCGGUUCCUGCCCCGGCUUCAGAGGCAGCGGCGGCGGCGGCUCGGGAUGGCCUUCAUGGAGAAGCCGCCGGCCGGCAAGGUGCUGCUGGACGACACGGUGCCGCUGACAGCGGCCGUCGAGGCGAGCCAGAGUCUGCAGUCGCACACGGAAUAUAUCAUUCGGGUGCAAAGAGGAAUUGCUGCAGAAAACAGCUGGCAGAUUGUCAGAAGAUACAGUGACUUCGAUUUACUUAACAACAGCUUGCAGAUUACAGGCCUAAGUCUGCCUCUUCCUCCCAAGAAAUUGAUUGGAAACAUGGACCGUGAAUUCAUAGCUGAGAGGCAGAGAGGCCUGCAGAACUACCUUAACGUUAUCAUGGCAAAUCAUGUCUUAUCCAAUUGUGAGCUGCUUAAGAAGUUCUUAGACCCAAACAACUAUUCUGCAAACUAUACUGAGAUCGCCUUACAGCAGGUUUCCAUGUUCUUCCGAUCUGAACCAAAGUGGGAGGUGGUGGAACCACUGAAAGACAUAGGUUGGAGAAUAAGGAAGAAAUAUUUCUUGAUGAAAAUUAAAAACCAACCAAAGGAGCGGCUGGUGCUGAGCUGGGCUGAUCUUGGCCCAGACAAGUACUUGUCAGAUAAAGAUUUUCAGUGUCUAAUCAAACUUCUGCCUUCCUGUGUGCAUCCUUACAUAUAUCGGGUUACCUUUGCCACGGCCAGCGAAUCCUCAGCGUUGCUGAUUAGAACCUUUAAUGAAAAGGGAACUUUGAAGGAUCUGAUCUACAAGGCAAAACCAAAGGACCCCUUCCUAAAGAAAUACUGCAACCCUAAGAAAACCCAGGGCCUUGAACUCCAGCAAAUAAAAACAUAUGGACGGCAGAUAUUAGAGGUACUGAAGUUCCUUCAUGACAAAGGAUUUCCUUAUGGCCAUCUCCAUGCAGCCAAUGUGAUGCUGGACGGCAACACCUGCCGGCUGCUAGACCUGGAAAAUUCAUUACUGGGUCUUCCUUCCUUCUACCGAUCCUACUUCACCCAAUUCAGGAAAAUCAAUACAUUGGAAAGUGUAGAUGUCCACUGUUUUGGCCACUUACUCUAUGAAAUGACUUAUGGACGACCUCCAGACUCUGUGCCUGUGGACUCCUUUCCUCCUGCAUCAUCCAUGGCUGUGGUGGCCGUGUUGGAGUCUACGCUGUCUUGUGAAGCCUGUAAAAAUGGCAUGCCUACCGUCUCCCGGCUCUUACAGAUGCCGUUAUUCAGUGAUGUUUUACUAACAACUUCUGAAAAGCCACAGUUUAAGAUUCCCACAAAAUUAAAAGAGGCGUUGAGAAUUGCCAAGGAAUGUAUAGAGAAGAGACUUACUGAGGAGCAGAAGCAGAUUCACCAGCAUCGAAGACUAACGAGAGCUCAGUCACACCAUGGGUCUGAGGAAGAAAGGAAAAGGAGAAAGAUCUUAGCUCGAAAGAAGUCAAAACGAUCUGCUGUUGAAAACAGUGAAGAACAGCCAGUGAAACACAGCAACUCCAAUAAUUCAGCAGGAUCUGGGGCCAGCUCACCUCUCACAUCCCCAUCAUCUCCAACUCCACCCUCCACAGCAGUAGAGCAUGCACCACUUUGAACGUGAAUUUUCGCUGUCUUAGGUUGAGGUAAAGAUAGAAGGAAGGACUGUCCUCAGCAUUACCUCCACCUCCUCCACCACCUCCACCUCCACCCCCACCAGCAGGUCCCUCGCCAGCCUCAGGCACAGAGAUGCCUGCUCCGUUCCUGCCCCAGGCUGUGAAUGGUGUAAACCGUGGGGCCUUGCUCAGCUCCAUCCAGAAUUUCCAAAAGGGAACUUUAAGGAAAGCCAAAACUUGUGAUCACAGCGCUCCUAAGAUUGGCUGAUGCUUCUUGGUUACACUGGAGAGCAAGCUCUUCUUCUGUCCCACCUCACCCCUCUAGCACCUCUUUGUAGGUGAGUUCUUCCACAGCUUCCCUCAAAUCCCUUCCUGGGUGAAUCCUUGCAGAGCCAAUACAAGUACAGCCAGUCUUGCAGACACACUCCAGUUAGGAGGCUUUUCAAGAGGGAAAUGCUCUCCAAAUAGAAAAAAGUGAGGCCAGCAUUGCUGCCUUAAUAUUUUGCUCCUUUGUGACUGUAAUGGGCUUCCUUUAGGGGCGGCAUCAUAAGGGUAUCAUUUUCACCAGCGUAAGGAAAAUGACAGAAAAUCAAAAGCAAUGACAAUAUUCUGUCACAGCAGCAAAUGGCCUUUGUCACUCUGUCCUUCCCACUCCUUUAGAAGUGUUCUCAUAGCUCGUUCCUCUGAAGCAUCUUUUGGUUAUUUCUUAGGUAGCUCCCAUGUGUGCUACCCUUAUUUCACCUCAGAUGCUAACACUGUAACCAAGGCAGUUACACUGCUGCUAGAGAAGCGGGACUCUUCAUUCUCCCAUACACAGGGUAGAUAGGGGAGUUCCUCAGAGUUCAAUGGGAAGCUCACUGUGCUGAGAGCAGCGACUCUGGAUUUAUAGUUAGUUCUCCGCUAUAAUGUACCAGAACAGGACAUUAACCACAGAUAAAGCUCUUGCCAGUUAAAGGAUUGUCUUAGUCCUCAGCAAUUAAAUCCAUUUGGGGGUAGACGGAGGGCCAACAUUACAAGUGAAUCUGGCAUUUAUAGUAAUCACUUCUAAUUUGAUUUAUCCAACUUCAGCAUCUUUUUGAUAUUAUUCAUUUAUCAGAAAUCUUUUAUCCUAUGAUUUGCUUAAACCUUUUAAAUAAAUUGCACUUUAAAGGAUUAUAAAAAAAAAUCCAUCUUAAAAUUUAAAUACACACAUCAGUGUUGGUUACUAUGCAGAAAGAAUGUUAUUGUGUAUAGUUUCAUGUAAUCUGAGAUAUAUGUUCAGCUGUAUUUUUUAUUAAAAUAAAUCAUGUCAAGAAAGUAUGUUGUUUA